AUGCCAGCUUCCGUGACGGAUGUCUCCAGCUACGACGAACAAGCGAAGACUUUCCAGGAAGUGUGGAAUCGGCACGGCAGGAUCGAUGCACUGCUAGCCAACGCGGGCGUUCCCGACAGAGGCUCAAUCUAUAUUCUCAACCACAGAGGGUCGGACAAAGUGCCGCCAAAACCCAACAUGUUGGCCAUCCAUUUCAUGCGGAAGAACGAGACCCCUGGAGGUAACAUCAUUGCGACAUCGAGCAAUGCGGCUGUCAACCCCCACGAAGCUUCUCCGGAGUAUUGCGGCGCCAAAGCUGGCAUGAUCGGCUUCGUGCGCGGGGCAUCCCGAGUGCUCAAGAUUAAAGACAACGUUCGGAUCAACGUCGUCUUGCCUGGCGUCAUUCGGACGCCUUUGGUGCCUGCUGGGAUGAUCGCCGCAGUCCAUCCUGAGUGCAUCACUCAGCUCUCGACUGUCGUGUCCGCAUUCAACAAGUUCUUAGACGAUGAAAAUCUCAACGGACAAGCCCUCGAAUGCUCGGCCGAAAACGUGGUUCCCUUGGUGUACGGCAAGUCGACAAUGAGUCCAGUGACUGUCUGGGACCCGCUUUUCAAGAUGAUGCAUCAUGAGGACUCUGGUCUUCCAGAGGCUGUUGCUUAG